AUAAUAAUAAAAAAAUUUAAAGGUUUUUGUUUUAAAUAUUUUUUCAAUUUUUUUUUCCCUUAUCAUGUUCAAAUAUAUACCAGUACUAAUAGUAAUUUUAUCAUAUCGAUAUCUCCAUUUAACAGAUGCUCAAAAUAUUGCCAUCGAUAAUUGCCAAAACACGGAUAGCUACUUUAAACCGGGCAUCAUUUAUAAGUAUAGUUACGAGAGCGAGAUUAUAAAUGAGUAUAUAGCACAGGCUCAAUCGUAUCCAGCCAGCAUAAAAAUCAAAACAAAAUGCGCUAUAACCAUCGAGCAAGGGCCAUCUAAUUGCCUUAUUCGAUUUAAGCUGAGUAGAUGCCAAUUUCAACAAUUGACAAAUGAAUUUGACAAAGGCCCAGUGAACCAAACACUCAUUGAAAAUAUUGGUGAUCUUGAAAAUUUCUAUACGUUAAUCAAAAUCGUUAAUGAUUCAAUAACCGAUGUUUACUCACACCCGAAAGAGGAUGCAAAUAUUGUUAAUUUUAAAAAAUCUAUCAUAUCUGGUCUCUACCUUCCCAAAAAUACGGACAAUAUAACGUCGCAAUUAUGGAAUUUGGAUGACGUUAGAGGGAAAUGUUUGACGAAAUAUGCUUCUAACAGAUAUUUCUCAAAUGCCAAUGACAGUGAAAUUUUAAAUAUGAUAAAAUAUCCCAAGACUUGCGAAAACAAUCAUUUUUUGGGAGCAUUGGUGAAGUCACCAUUGUCUUACUUGAAAAUGGAAAUGACUGUUAACAUUUACGUCGAUCAAACUGUACGUUGCAGAUAUGUGAUAUCGAAGCCUGAUGCUGUCUUAAAUAGAGUGAAUUGUUCAGAAAAUUACGUAGUGGCUAUAGUCGGUAGUAAUAUGACUGUAAGGACAUAUUUCAAUUUGUUAGAGCAAAAGCCGGGAACGACCUCGGAUUGGACGGCCAAAUGGGAUAAUUUUAUAAGAUCAAACAUAUAUUACCAAGCUACUGAUAUAUAUGUGCCACCUACCACUAAUUCUAAUCUCUCUCGCAAAGCCGAAGAAAUUAUAAAAGAUAUAGUGGUUAAAACGGUUGUUGAAAGUGAAUUAGACGACAUAGGGGAGCUUUUCGAUAGGUUAUUAUCAGAUUUGCGAGGAUCGGAUUUAAAGGCUUUACAAGAUUUGAGUCAAAAAAUAUUUUCUGACCAAUUUUGUCAAUUGACUUUGGGCUCGAUUUGUUCUAAAAAUGGGAAGAAUAUAAAGAGCACUUAUCUUGAUGGUUUAACUCAAUGUGCCACAAAUAAUUGCGUAGGUGAGUUAGUCAGGUUGGUCAAGAGUAAAGAGAUCAUGCAAAAGGAGCAAAUCGAUUUGAUUGCCGAGAAAAUAGGUCUGAUCACAAGUCCGGAUCUCAUAACAUUGGAAUAUAUUAUGGAUUUAAGCAACAAUAUCAUCAAUAAAAAUCUCUUAUAUGCGCUGGGCUCUUCGAUGGAUUACUAUUAUCUUUCUUAUGAAAAGAAACAAAACCAGGCCACAUUAUCAGACGCUUUGAAUAAAGCUUAUACCAUUUUGAGCAAAUAUAUUGAGCAAGAUUGUUCUUUAAACACUCCACUCUAUGAUAACCUAAUAACACAACAGGAGAAAGUAUUACUCCAGCUAUCAGCACUAAAGGGUAUCUUGAAUACUGGAGACGUUCUGAAAAAGGUGGAUUCAGCAUUGGUAGAAAAACUUAAAAGAUGCGCUUUAAAUGAUAAAAACUCCUAUCUUAUCAAAAUAGCGGCCGUUGAAACACUUCAUCACGCCCCAAAUUCGGAAUCAUUAACUCAAACGGUAAAAACAAUAUUGCAAAACACUAGCCUACCAAACGCCAUGAGAUGGGCAGCUUUUUUGCAAUUAGUAUCCAGCCCUGAAACGGCUGGAAUUGCUAUGAAAGUCUGGUAUUCAGAAGAGGAAGGCAGUCAGUUGAAUACAUUGAUCUCAUCCUACAUCAAAAUAAUAUUGGGCGUGAAGGAACCAUUUUACGAAGAUUUUAAACUGUCAUUGCAAAUGCAUUUGGCAGAUCUUCCUGAAAUCCCGGACAUGUCAUCGAAACAUUAUUUGACCCACUCACAAGCUUACUUGAAAAGCAUUCCAUUUCACUCCCCCUUUAUAGGACCAUUAUCUAUGCAUCUAUUCACUCAUGUGAUAUUCGAAAAGGAAAGUUACGCGCCUCAAUACAUAAUAACCUAUUUUAUAUUGCAAUACGAUGCCAAAUUUUAUCCUAUUUUUGAGGUAGGGGUAGCCGGUGCCGGGCCCAUUUUGGAAAAGGCAUUGCUUGCUUUAUCGGGAAAAAAUAAGCCUGAAGAAGAUUAUAGUUUCAACAUAUUUGAUUUGUACUCGGCCUUCAGCAAACCGGUGGAUGCUCUACGAAGUUAUAUAGCUAAAAACUUUCCGGAUUUGCCAAAUUUAUCAACAGAACAUUUAGAAAGUAUAUUUACUUCUUCCAUGUCUGAUCCCACGAUUAAGAAUAGCUUAAAUAAAAUUCACACGGAUUUCAGGAGAAUAAUCGAAAAAGAUGACAACGAAAAAAACCCAGCUAUUAUGUUCUUCAAAGUUCUAGGCAAAGAGUUUGAUCACGUGGAUUUGUUAAAAGGCAUGAAAUGUUUACUCGAUAACAAAAAAGUAGAACCAUUUUCCAAAUUUAUCGAAACCGACAUUAACGUGCUAAGAUUGAUUAAACACAUUGAAUUAAAUACCGCUUUACCUACCUAUUCCGGUUUCACCCAUCAUUUGUCAGUGAAUAGCGCGAUGACUGUUUUUAUCAACAAAUUUAAAUCGGGUCAGCUGGACCAAAUUACCGAUCCAAUAAAAUUAGCCCUCCAUCGAAGCUUAACCCUCUCAAUCGACGCGCAAUCUACUGUAAUAGGUCCGAAAACAGCAUUAGGCUUACAAAGAUUUCUGAAAUUUAGUUCUGAUGUCAACUUAGCUCCGGAGAUAUAUAGCAAGAAUGGAAAUUUUUCCAUCAAAAUAAGCGCACCUUCAAAACCCAUUUCUUUAAUAAAAUACAAGAAAAAAUUAUACCUCAUAAAACAAGGUCAGGUCAUAAAUGGACCUGUACACCCUUACACCGAUAAGAAUUGUCUUUCCAUGUCAAAUUUUCUAAGUUUUAACUACUGCAUAAGGGAAGAAUUCAAUCAAAUGGAGUAUGCCUAUAAUAGUAAAUACAAUUCUUUAAGCGGUAAUCCACUCGAAUUUGAAGUUAGCUUUGAACCUUUGGAUGAAAAGCAACAUUUUUUGCGCUUAAGCGGUGAAACAAUCUUUACCGGAAAUAACAACGCAAAGGAUCAAAAUAACUUGUCAAAUCGUUUGAAUAAGAAUUAUUUACUCGAAAGUAAAUUCGAGUACAGUGUAGAUGAUUUCCCGAAAUUAUCCUAUAAAUUUUCGAAUAACCAAUCAACGAAGUUUCUUAAAUUAACCGUGUACAAUGAAAACACCUUUGAUUUAAAUAUAAUUUGCUCGAAUGACGGGAACAACACAAAGGGAACUGGAGAAUUGACAAUUAACGAGGCAAUCAUAAAAAUAAACUAUGAGUCAUAUGAACGAGAAAAUAGUCUAGAAGCGCUAAACGGAAGUAAGGUGGCUCUGGUAAGGAGACCUAUAAAGUUUCAAAACAAAUUGUUAAAUAUUUCUCAUGAUGGUGCCUGGGUGGGAUUCUUGUUAAAAAAUUUACAGACCUCCGAUAGCAGAAACGAUAGCUUAACUCUUCUACUGCAUUGCCCCUCUCUCUGGUGGUGCAGAUCAAUACAUAACGAAAAUGCCAGUUCAGAUGACAUUGAGAAAUACGUAUUUUCACAUUCCGUAUUUUUCAAACAAGAUUUAGACAUCACAAUGGUUGAAAGAGAUUUCAAAUUUGAAUCAGAAUUAAAUUACAAUUCGACUAUAAAGUUUAAGAGUUCUUUUAGUAAAGGUCUCUAUGAUCUGCAAAGUUAUGGAAGCCUUAAUGCAGGAUCCGAGGAACAAAAGUAUGGUUAUAGCUUAUCCUACAACAAUUUAUACCGACCCGUUUUAGAGACCCAGGAGGAAACUGGCUUGAAAAUAUGGAAAUACGUAGAUUAUCACAAUCUUUCAGUUAAUCUAAAUGAUUUAAUGCAAAUAAAUGGGUUGAUUUUAAAUAAAAAAUCUAAUCAAUCAUUAGAAGGCUUAUAUAAAAUGAUAGCCAUUUGCUCAUUUCUGGAUGAUCCUCUCAAAUACGAAUUUAAGUAUAAUCUUUCUAAAAAAUCCCAAAAGGAAUACGAAGAAACUGAUGACAUAAAACCUAAACUAAGUUAUUUAGGUGAAGCAAGUUUCAUUUUAUCGCCACCUAACAUUGGCUAUGUCGCGAAAUUUGAUUUAAACUUGAAAACGAAUGAUAGUUUUAAUUUGAAAUACGAAGGCAAGGGUAUACCGGUAGUGGAAUUUGUCAAUAAUAAUGACCUAUUUGGAAAAUCUUUCGUCAAAAUAGAAAUGGAUUCUUUCCUUCUCAACUAUCAAAUUAUGCACACUUCCCAAUACUUCAAUAUGCGUUUUAUUGGAAAUAGCAGCAUGACCGAAAAAUCUGGGUCGCCUGAAAUAAAACUUGAACAGGAUUGGUAUUGUCAACCCAAUAUUUUUCAACUACCUUCCUCCUCAUAUAAAGAUUUGAUCAUAUAUAAAUUCAAUAAACUCAGUGGAAACGCAUCGUUUGUUGGAAAUUUUUUGGAUUAUAAUAGUGAAUAUUAUCUUCAAAUUCCAGAUGGAAGAAGGCUCAGGUUUAGUUUAAAUAGUGAGACCAAUGUGACUGCCAAAUCUCCAUUUGAAGAGAAAAUAAUGGAAAAGGGGUAUUUUACAAAUAGAAAAGGCAAAUAUGUGAAGGACAGCAGUAGUCAGGGAAUAUUUGAUAUCGACAUCAACUUAGUUAACGAGGAUAAAAUGCUGAAUUUUGAUCUGGUGUACUAUCCUAAAGAUUACCCAGGCAAAAAUAUCAAAGCGGCUAGACUAAGCUUCAAUUUGUUUUCUCCCAGAGGAAUUAAAUUUGAAUAUUUUGAAAAUUCGGAAUAUUCUUAUUUGGUUAAGGUGUAUGAAAAAAUUCUUUUAAAUAAACUUUCCGAACAUUUAACUCGCUACAAAGACGAAAUAACACAAAACUUUUCUAUGGGUCUACAAUCGAUGGCAUAUAUAAAUCAAGCAUAUCAUAUGACUUAUAUAGCUCUAAUUUAUGUGCAAUAUGGAUUUAUGGCAUUAAAUUCAUAUGCGACAUCAAAGAAAAUUAAAAGCGACCGUCCAAUAUAUGGAAUCUUUGGGGACCCAAAUGAAAUAAACGAAAUCAUUAAACUUGCCAGCACGGGCACCAAAAAAUUAUUUGGAAUUGAUCCUCACUUUUUGGGAUCUUGUUACUCGAUGUACCAACAUUUUCAAUUCAAGGACUUCGAUGAAGAAUUCAACGGAGAUAAUAGUGUAUCGUCAAAUUGCAAGUCCUAUCCUUAUCAAAGAAAUUUUUUCCGUAAAAUAAUUACUCACCCCUUUGAAUGGAACAAUUUUUCGACUUUCCCCAUAUUAACUGAAGUCAAAAUAGAUAGGUUCUUCAUUUAUCAGUUCGAUUUAUUAGAAAAGACAAGUAUGACGAAGGUAAUAAAUGGUCCCAAAUUCUCCUAUCGCAAUGCAAUUAUAUUUGGGAAUGGUUAUUAUGUUACAUUUGAUGGCCUGCACGAUAAAUAUCCGAUAUGUGGAAAUGAUGAAAAACUAUAUUUAUUAGCUUCGGACUACAAGAACAAUACAUUUGCAUUACUAGGUUCGUUAGAUAAACUGACACUUAUAACCCCAUCCCAUAAUAUAACAAUUAUAAUAAAUAAUGCGAGAAUUGAUUCUUACAAUACAUUUUUGGAUGGACAAGCAUUACCAAAUUUACCUUAUCACGAUGAAAAAAAUGGGAUUUCUGUCUUCGUAAAUCUGGAUUAUUUUAUCAAAGUAAAAAUCCCUGGCUUAAGAUUCGGAUGUUAUUCCACACAAAAUUUGUGUUACAUUAAAAUCAGUCAUAUAUACCAUGGCAAAAUAGUCGGCUUAUUGGGUAACAACAAUUUAGAGGCGGAAGACGAUGAUUCAUAUGUUCCAAGUGUGGACACAUUUCAAGGUUAUUUCAACAUUGAUCCCAAAGGGUCUCAGUCUUGUAAGAAAAAUUCUCCAGAUAGCGGAAACGAUUUAUCUAAAACAUUUGGCGAACAGAGGAUGUAUUGUAAAAUGUUGAACAAUUAUUAUGAUAAUAGGAAUGAAUGGAGCAGAGAGGAUAUAGAAACUAUGAGAGAAACUUCCAAAGAUAAACUAUGCAAUGAUCUGUAUCCUUUUGAAUCCGAUUCUCGUUAUUCUGACUGUUUUAGCACCCUUGAUCCUUCACCGUACUAUCAGGCAUGCCUAUUCGAACAUGUUAAAGAACAAUGUUCAAAUCAAAUAGCAAGCAAAAAAAAUCUAUGCCCUGCCUUAAAUGCAUACGUUACAAUGUGUGGGGCAAAGUACAUACACUUGGAAAGAAAUCCUGCUUGCGUUCUCUAUGAAGGCAAGUAUUUGGAAGAUAUUUGGAAACCUCAACAAUUGGAAAGUCCUAACAAAUCGAUUCAAAUAGUCUUACUGGUUAACCCGGAAAAGGAGAUUAAUUACACGGACCACACGUUGGCAUUGCAGAAUCUACUUAAAAUGUUGGGAGAAAGAUUACACCAGGAAGGAUAUAACGAUGUUAAAUUUGGCAUAGUCACCUAUAAGACAUUUCUGGGGAAGCCUUACAUCGUCACUUUGGCUUAUAAUUUAAACACUCUUUCAGCGGAUAUUCCCAAAACAACGCCUCUUCUCAAUUUCGCCAAUCUUGAGACCACAACUUGUAAUUGCAAAUUGCUUUAUCGAUCUCUCGAGGACUAUAUAUUUGACCCGUCGGCCAUUAAAAUUUUCAUCUCAAUAACACCCCAAGACGAAUUUUUAUACAACGAGGCGGAAUUCAACAAUAUUAAAGUAAAACUGUGGGAGAACGGAGUGACUUAUAACGUGAUUAGUAGAUAUCCCGAAAACUUAAACGAAGAUUCUCAUUAUGGAUUAGAUUACAAUAACAACUAUUUGAACACUAAGAUUCAAACCAAAAACCCAAAUCCUCUAUCUUUGAGAAAAUUGGCAGGGUUAGCCUUUUCGACCAAGGGGGCAAUAUUUGACUAUGAAAAAUUCUAUAAUACAAAGAACAGCAAGAAAUCGCAAGAGUUUUCUUCGACUCUAGUGGAAACCAUUUUGAGACAGACACAACAACAGAAAGAAGCUUGCAAUGUGUGUCAGUUAUCCGAACACCCGUAUGGGCAAUUAUUUCCGAAAUGUCCUUACUAUGAACAUUGUGAUACGAAAAUAGAAAUUAAAAAUUAAAAAUACUUUUGAUUUAUUAUUUAUAAAACAAAUUCAUUCAAAAAAAUAUAAUAUCAUUUUUAUUUCAAGAUAUAUGAAAAAUAUUUUUAUAUCAUAUCUUUAUAAAUAUAACUUAAGUACCGGGCAGUUUAUAGCCUUUAUCCACUCAUCUGGGUAACUUUAACUAAUUGUUACAUAUUAUUUAUAAUUAAUUAUAAUCACGAAUAAAUCUUUAAAUAAAUUA